GAGAUCAUUGACACAACACAGAGAAGUAUGGACAGCGCUGGCAUUAUUCCCGACAUUAUCGAUGUCAAACCCGCCGCUAAGGCUACGGUUUCGUAUCCCUCCGGAGUUCAGGUGGAACUGGGCAAGGAAUUGACACCCACACAGGUUAAGGAUCAGCCCACGGUUACCUGGGAAGCUGAUGCUGCUUCACUAUACACUCUUUUGUUGGUUGACCCAGAUGCACCAAGCCGUGCAGAUCCCAAAUUCCGAGAGAUUUUACACUGGGCUGUGAUCAAUAUUCCCGGCAAUAAAGUAGCCGAUGGGCAUGUUCUGGCUAAAUACAUUGGAUCUGGUCCACCAGAGGGCACUGGUCUGCAUCGUUAUGUGUUCUUGGUAUUUAAGCAAAACGAAAAAAUUGUCACAGACAAAGUUAUAACCUCUGGAGAGGGUCGCCUGAAUAUCAAAACGCGUGACUACAUUGCCAAAUAUAAUUUUGGUGCUCCUGUCGCUGGCAACUUCUACCAGGCCCAGUACGAUGACUAUGUGCCUAAUAUCCAUGCUCAGUUUAAGUGAAAUGUGAAAAUUAUCCCUUGGAAUCCGUUAGAGUCCAUUGAUGAGUGUUCUGGUCAGAUCGGAAAAAUUCUUCGAAGAUCAUUACAAACGGUGUGUUCAGUGCUGAUGAAACGAAAUUGUUUUACCCUUGAAGUGGUUACAAUAAAAUCAUUCAGAAGAAGUUGCUUUCAAACUAAAUAAAU